CUACUCGACCCGGCCAGGCCGCGCCGGGAGGGAGGGAGGCCCGAUUAGGCCUCUGGUGCGGAGGUUGGAGUCGCGAGGCGGGAAAGCGCCUCGGUCAGGCUGCCGGGGGAGGAGGGGGCUCGGCCCUGGGUAGCCGCCUCAGAGCCUACGGUCAUAACUCGGGGAGGAAGGUGGAUGGAAAAAUGUGACUCCCCAGGAAAAUGAAACCAAGUGCUAUGAAGAUUAGCAACAAAGGACAAGUUACACGUGGAAUACAAGGAAAAACAGAAAAAAAUAAACCUUCUCUGAAAACAUCAAAAAAAGAUAUCACAAAGACAGAGAAAUCUAAAUAUAGGCCUCUUACAGGGAAGGUGUUUUAUCUUGAUAUUCCAUCUAAUGUGAUCUCUGAAAAAUUAGAGACGGAUCUGAAGGAACUAGGAGGGAGAGUGGAGGGAUUUCUUAGCAAAGAUAUCAGCUAUCUGAUUUCUAAUAAAAAGGAAGCAAAAUUUGCUCAGGUUCUUGGACAAAUUUCUCCCGUCCCAAGCCCAGGCUCUGCACAUACUGGCGGAAAUAGUUCACCUCAUCCCAGUAGCAGAAGAGAUCGACAUGAUGGAAAUUCAUUUAAGAGGGUGGAUACAGUACGUAUGAGUAGAGGAAAAUCUUUAGUUGAAAAAGCUAUCAAAGAACAGGAAUUAAUCCCUUCAGGUAGUAUACUAUCCAAUGCCUUGAGCUGGGGAGUGAAAAUACUUCAUAUUGAUGAGAUUAAAAAUUACCUUGAACAAAAGAAAAAGGAGCUCUAUCUGAUCAAGAAAGCAAGUGUUUUUAUCAAAGAUGAGGGGAAGCAAUGUGUUCAGAAAUCAAAAAGUCGACUGAAAACUCCAUUUGUGAAAGUAGAAGACAGAAGCUGCCAUUACAGACCAUUUUAUCUGCAAUUUUCCAGCUUUCCUGUUCUCAACUAUUCUGCUCCAAAACCUUAUAGUCCUUUUGAUGUAGAUAAGAAGAUUGCUAGUGGCCAAAAACAAACUCAGUCUAAACAAAGAAACAAAACAAAUAGUGACAAAGACUGGAGAGGCCCAAUUCAACUUCCUCCAAAGGAUAAGAAAAAGAAAGGAUAUUGUGAAUGUUGUAUGAAGAAAUAUGAAGAUCUGCAAACUCAUCUUGAAAGUGAACAGCACCGAAACUUUGCACAGAGCACCCAGUAUCAAGUUGUGGAUGAUAUAAUUGCCAAGUUUGUUUAUGACUUUGUGGACUACAGAGAUGAUGCACAAAAAAUGAAACGGACAAAAUGUAGUAUGGGAUACUUUUCUCCAAUUAUUGGAAACAUAACUAAAGCCGAAGAACUGAAAGAACGACUAAAAAGACAACACAUUUCAUUCAAGUGUUAUUCUUGGAAAGAUACUACAGUGCAGGCACUAAAACAGGACCAUCAACAUACAGAAGUUCUUUGUAAACCAUUAUUUCCUUCCAAAGUAGUUAGUAAAUUCAGAAGUAAUGCUGAAAACGGUAAAAGAGAAGGCUCCUGUCCUGUAAAUCUAAAAGACACUGUUUUAUCACCAAACUUCGUACAACUACCUCCACAAAAUGUCAGCAAAACAUACCUCGAGAAUUUAUCCGAAUCUUACAGGAAUUCUAGUAAUGAAGUAUUUGAACCCGAAGUAAAUUUAAAUAGAAAGAAUUUUGAUAGUAGUGAAAAGGACAAAAAUACCUCACAGUCAAAACGAAAAUUAAGUAAUUCAUUUGUUCUACCAGCAAAAUAUUUGAAGAAAACAAAUACCAACACAGCAUUUAAUAAAAACCAGUUACAUUUUGGUUUGGAUAAUGAUGCAGAGAGAGAGCAUCAUAUAGUUCUGGAGACUGAGAAACUACCACAUUUUUCUACAAACAAAGCAACUAGUGAAUCGGCUGUCAAUAGUGCACCCAGUUCACCUUCUAGAAAGCUGCACAGAAAAGUAAAACUUUCAUUAGGAAGAAAUAAAAGAGGAGUCCAGAAACAGAAUAUGGAGUUAUGUAUAAAGCAAACUGAUGAAUUACCUAUUACUGAAGAAAAGAAAAAUGUAUGUUUGUCCCCAGUGCAGACUCUGAUGGAAUUAUUUCAGACAAGUGAAGUACAUUCAGACUUUGGGGGUUUUACAAGUUAUCCAGAGAACAAAGAUUCAAGUUGCGUGAAAGAUAUUUGGGAAGAACAAAAUGUCAGUCCUCUAUGGUCAUUAUUUUCCUCCUCUUCCUCAACCCCAUUUAUCGGAUUUUAAUGCUGCUUUAUUUAACACAAUGACUUUUGAAUAAAUUUGCCAACUGGUGAGGAUUUUAUUCAUGGAAAUUAAUUCUUGGAUUAUAAAUUAUGCAUUCAGGUUUUGGUAUAUUAAAUAUACAUGCAAAGACAUAUGUAUAAAUCUUAAGAGUAAAAAUACUCCUGGAGUGUUUUUCUUAAAAAAAAUAUCCCACCACUUUUUCACAGCUGAUAAAUAGGUAAUGGCCUAUGAUAAAGUGUGUUUAACUCAGCUGUUAGGCAAGAUCUAUAUGCAUCAUGUAGCUUAUUGUGAAUUUUAGACAAUAAAAAAAGUGUGUGUGUGUACACACAGUAUAUUUUUAACAGA